GCUUGAGGGGGAGGGUCCAGGGCACGACGGAUGUGCCUGUGAUUGGUCCGCGCUGCCCGCUCAGUUUCCGUUCCCGCGGAGCGCGCAGGCCCAGCGACUUCUCUCUGGCUGAUUUUAUUUACCCCCGAUGUGGAAGAUGGCUUCCCUCCGCGUCUCCGUGUCUUAGCAGUCGAGGAUGCGAGUGUUGAAAAAAACAACUUUUCCCCGACACUCUCACCCCCCGGAACUCGUUUAACGCGGUGCGGAGGAUUUCCUCGCCUCUUUUUUGGGACGCAACGUCUCUCUCGUCCACGCGCGGCCCCGACGCACCGUUUUAAAGUAGUUCCUCGGAGUAGUAGCUAGUCGGAGCGCAGGAGCGCGAGGUCCGGCCGCCUGCAUCCAAAUGGCCGAACCGAGGAAAGUGCCGUUCGUCACCUUGUCGGCCUUCGCCGGCGCCCCGUCGUUGGAACUCAAGAAGCGGCGGAGAGAGGAAGAGGCUCAGGCGGCGUCCGCCGCCGGCGGCGGCGAGGAGCCGGGGGCGGCGGGCUGCGGCGUACUGGGCAAGGCGAAGGCGAGCGGCCAGGCGGACGUCGUCGACGGCGAGCAGAGGGCGGGCGUCACGGUGCGCCUCAACCUGAGCCUGGCGGAGCCCAGCGACCACGCGUCGGCCGAGUUCAACUACAGCGAGCUGCUGCAGUGCGCGCAGGUGAAGAAAAGCCCCGGGGGGCCGACUCCGGGCUCCGACCCCAAUGACCCCUUUGGCGAUGAGGAGCGCGAGAGGCACGAGGUGGAGGCUUUGGCCAAGAAGUUCGAAAGCAAAUACGGGAGUGCAGGGAAGAAGAGGAGGAAAGACAGAAUGCAGGACCUGAUUGACAUUGGCUUUGGCUACGAUGAGAGCGAUCCGUUCAUAGACAACUCGGAGGCUUACGAUGAGCUGGUUCCAGCAUCUCUUACCACCAAACUGGGAGGCUUCUACAUCAACACAGGUACCCUGCAGUUCCGAGCCGCCUCCGAGUCUGAAGGGGAGGACGGCAACAAAGACGGGAAACCCCACAAGAAGUUGAAGGAUGGUGAUGAACAGGUGAUCAAGAAACGAAAGAAAAAAGAAGGGAGCAGCAUGGAGGAGAAGAAACCCAGGAAGAACAGAGUGUCUAAACAGGGAGUGACUGCUCUGAAUUCUCACCGACCGGAGAAGAAGAAGAGGAAGCUUAUGAAGGACUCUCUCUGUCUGGCUGCUAUGCUGCGGCGCUUUAAUCGUGAGAAGGAGGAGAUGCGCAAGAAGAAUGCAAGCAAUGUGGCCAACACUUCUCAACCCAGUGCCAGUGCCCAAGUGGCCAAUGCUGGUGUGUCUGCUGCCACGCUUCACAACUCCCACGUGCACUCCAACUCCAACAAUGACCUCUCCAUCGCUGAUCUGGCGACUGACCCAACCAUGAUGUCGCUACUGAGCUCGACCAAUGAGAAUGAGCUGCAGGACCUCCUCGGUGACCUUGACUUUGGGCUUUUAGACUCUCCCCAGUCUUCCAGCCCGGCUCAGCGGGAGAAUGGCUUGCCUGGAACGGGCAUGUUGGCAGGGCAGAAAGUGGGAGCUGGGGCAUUAGGGAAAGGACAGGGACAGAUGGGAACAGGCAGUGGAAUCUUGACACCCCCGCCGCUCCCAGAUGAUCUCCCGCCUCCCCUCAUGAAACGUAUUGAAGACCUACGGGUGGCAUCUCGUCAGUUUGACCAGGAGGGUAGGAAAAAGUUCUUCACCUUGGACAUGAAUAACAUCCUCCUGGACAUCGAGCUGCAGGUGCAAGAGCAGCCUGCAGUGGUGCGUGCAGCUGUCUACUCCCACCUGGAGGCCUUCGUCCCAUGCAACAAGGAGGUGCUGCUGAAACGUCUCAAGAAGCUCAGCCUCAACAUACAGGAUGAUCGGCUACGUGCCCCCCUGCUGAAGCUGAAACUGGCAGUGUGCAGCGUGAUGCCAGAACAGAUUGCUCAGUACAACAUGGACUGCAUGGCCAAGGCUGCCAAACAGCAGUCUGAGGAAGGGGAGAAGAAUGGCUCAGAGGAGGAUGACGAGGAGAAGCCGGGCAAGAGGGUGAUGGGACCACGCAAGAAAUUUGUCUGGGAUGACAAACUCAGGGGACUACUUUGCAGCCUGGUCCGUGUGAAGCUCAGCUGCUACGAGCUAGAGGGCCAGUCCUCGCUCUCUGUGGAGGACUACCUAAAGGCUUUUCUGGAAAAUGAGGUCAAACCACUGUGGCCCAAAGGCUGGAUGCAGGCCAGGAUGCUGUUCAAAGAAAGCCGGGCUGUGCACAGUCACCUUACGGGCAGUUUUGCCAAGAAGAAGAUUGUUCCAACUCCUAAAGCUAAAACCAAGGAGGGGUCCUGGGUCCAGCGAACACCUCCUUCAACAGUAGCCACCCCUUCCUUGGCUCCUCCGGCUCGCCGCCCGCCCUCUUCCCCCUCAGAGACCAUAUGUCUGUCUGACUCACUGGACGAGGACCUCACCGUCCCCUCACUGGACUCCAUCUCUCAUGCGCUGGCCCUACUCAGUAGUGCUGCUAAAGGGCUGGCGCAGGGUGACAGUGUCCCCUCCCCCCCAGGGUCUCAGAAUGCCCCCAAAAUGAUUACUUCCACCCCUACACCCACACCCUCCUUACCCCAGUAUUCUUCCCCUCUAACACAUUCCUCUUUGUCUGUAAAAAAGGAGGCCACUACAGUGCCUGCAGGUAACAUGAACACUCUGACUACCUCUACUCCUUCUUCUUCCUCCUCCUCCUGUCUUCCUCGGCCGCCCUCUGUUUCUUCUGCCUCCUCGCCCUCAGUGGCUGCUCGCAGCGAUGGCUUUGGCAUGAUGAAGGCAGCCGUAGGGUCAUUGCCUCAGACCCAGAGACCCUCAAUACCCUCUACUCACAGGCCUGGAAUGGCAGGGCUGAACAAACUCAACCCAGCCAACUCCCCGUCACCCCCUAAGCCACGGCCGCCACCCACUGCUUCUCCGCUGCUGCCGCCCCAGCAGAAGUCUUUCUGCCCCCCGGGAGUCAAAACUGGGGUAGCUCCAGCCCCCUCUGGACUGGUCAAAAGCAGCCCCAAAUCCAGCAGUAAUAAUGGCAGCAGCAAUAGUAGCAUGACCGUGUCUCCUCAGUCUCGCUUAAACUCGCACCCGCCCCAGGUGAACCCCAAAAGUCCCCAAACGCCACGACUGUCCCACUGUCUCUCUCCUGCCACGUCCCCAUCGCACCCCCAGCCCAAAGCCCAUCCGCAUCACCAGUCGAAUUUCAUCACUCCCAUGCAAGCCACUCUCACAAAGUCGUCACACAGUAGCAGCUCGCCCAUCAUCAAACUGACCCCCCGACCCCCUGCCCCACCCCCUUCCUCAUCCCCAUCCUCGUCUCCCUCUGUCCCGCCUCAUUCACGACCUCAGGCGAUGCCCGCUGCGCACCAGUAUUCCCCCAAGAAUGCCGGUUUCCGCCCGCCUUUUUCUGUUCCGGGGGGCUCUGUGAAACCAGCGCAGGACAACUACAGCCCAGUGGGAGGUCAGAAGGCCCCCCCCCACAGCAGCAACAGCAGCAGCGGCGGCGGCGUCACUAUUCCAUCAAGCUCCUCCUCCAUCGCAGGCAGACCUGCCUCAAGCCCCUCCCCUACUGUCUCGGCCAAUCAUGGACAGCGACCAAGGAGUAUGGCGGUGUCCAGUCAGGUGUCCAAGGUGGUGACGAGUCGAGCGCCCGUUCCUCCGCUGCCCACAACGCCGGCUACCUCUCAGCUGUCGCAAGUGUCCUCGGCCAGCAGCAGUCUCCUUGGAACCCCCACUCCUCCAGCCCCCCCCUCCCUCCCGCUUGGUUUUGGCAUGCUGGGAGGACUCGUUCCCGUGUCACUUCCCUUCCAGUUCCCAUCGCUGCUGAACUUCAGUACACCUGGGGCGGCAGGGACCAGCGGAGUCGGGGCCUCUGCGGGCAACAGCUCAGGAUACACCCUGGCACAGAAUCUGUUAAAGAGCCUCCAGUCAGGGUCUCAGGCUGCGCUACCUCCUCACUUGCAGCUUGCCUUCUCAGAUGCAAACCAAAGCCAGGGUGGAGACAUGACGAGGAAGUCUCACUAAGCUGUAGGAUAUGGAAUGUUGUAGAUUUGAAUCUAUGAAAUGACUAAAGCUGGGAUUGUUCUGAUUUGAUGAAUAAACCAACAGUGGGAGCUUUCUCAAGAUGCUCCCAGGACUGAUCCUCAUGAAUUAUUUUACCAUGAUUAAUAUUGUAAUUAUUAAUGAUGCUGUUGGAAUGGAUGGAUGAAUGGAUUUGUUUUCCCCAUUUUUGUCAACAUGUUUACAUGACAGACCUUUAUCACUGUGGAAAGAGAGGGAGUGCAGCAGAGUGCUACGUAAUUUAAUUUGUAUUUAACUACUCAUCCCACUUGUUUCUAUUGAUUUGUGUGAAACUUAUUUAACUAUGAAAUCUGAAUCAUGACAUAGGUUGCGUGCUGUUUUACGACUCCCUCUCAGUGGUAGUCCUGUCCUGCAGGGGGUGAUGUGCUCCUGCCCACCACAGACUGUUAAAGACGUAGCUAUUAAUACAGAUAAAUUAUUUGUAACCAGUUUACACACAGAUGAGUUUAGAAGAUGUGUGACUGUGUGUACCUGUCUUUUGGGGUCAGUCUGUACAGAAUUUGUGUGCGAGAGAACAUCCCCUUCGGUGUAGCUCAGUGUGUUUCCUUUUGGUGCCGAAAUUCACACUGGACCUUUUUUUAUAUACAUAUAUAUGAACUCGAAAACCGCAACUCCUUUUAUUUGUGAAAGGAAGAGAGGGGUGAUGACCAGAUUGUAGCCUACUUGAACUUUGUUUUUGGAUUAUUUAUAGUCAAACUCAAUAUAAAAUAAGCCUUAGGUUGUAAGUGAAACUAUGCAGGUUGAUAAAUGUGUAAAACAAGUGAUUUGUAUUGCUCUUCUCCAGCUGUUUUGUCUGUUCUUCUGUUCACUUAAGCUUAGCAGAGCUUAUUCCUGCCCUCCUGUUCCUUGAAACCCCACCCAUCUGGUCUCAAACCUCUUACCCACCUGGGGAUUGACAGAACUGCAGCCAAAGACAAGUCAUUAGGGAAGACUGGACACCAGGUGCAGUGUGUGUGUGUAUGGUCCUUAAACUACUUAAUGUAUCUUUGUUCUGUGUGUGUCUGCGUGUGGUCUGGAUGUGUUUGUAAACAAACAGGGCAGGAGUUUUGGGGGGGGAAGCAAUCUUGGUUACCUUAUUUCUCUAUUGUAGAUUAUUUUUGUGUGUCAAAUAAAUGCUGUUGGUUUUCAGUAACUAUUGUGCUUGAGUGCAACAUUUUGCCAAUUUGUCAUAUUGCUCCUCCAUACAAUUCUCCAGGACUUAAUUUUGAGCCCCAUUAUAGUGAAUACAAAAAUGUCUGGACAUGAAAAAGGGCUCUGCAACAUGGACACCUUCCAUCUGUGUGCACCUGUACAGUGUGGCUCUUGGAAUAGAAAGGAAGCCCCUAGCAUUUGUCAGGCAGCAGUAGAUGUGCUGUUACUACACACUAUCACUUCAUUGCAGA